AUGCUGGGUAGUUUAUUAUUGGAAGAAAAAAUGGCGGCAAGAAGUUUUAAGGUUCAAAAAUGGCCAAAAAUCACUUAAAAAUACACUUCAGAAACAACCAAGAAAUAUCUUAACCCGGAAAAGGGAUUCCAAGGAAGUAAUUAUGGAUGAAAAAGCUCGUUUGGCUUCGGCGGGGAGCGAGAUAAAGCUGUGGGAAAUGCCGGGUUUGGUGAUGACGAACUCAAUGAGUCUUCAUUCUCAACCAGUUUCUUCUCUUUGCUGGGGAAAUAAUAAUCAAACUCUUGUCAGUGUUGGUGGUGACAAGGUUGUAGUGACAUACUUAAAAAAYGGAGCCAUUAGUUCUACUGAGAUGGCCGUAGGGGAUGGCUAUUCUUGUGCUGCCUUUAAUUCUACUUCAAGAUAUUUAUUGCUGGGUGGCAAAACAAAGACAUUGAGUGUGUGGGAUUUAAAAUCCAAGAGUGUAAAGAAGACAUAUAAGGAACACAAAGAUGCUGUUUCGUGCUUGACAUUCAACCAUAAUGAUACAACAAUAGCAUCAGGUGCCCUAGAUGGCAAUAUUCUGCUUCAUAACGUAGUUACUGGACAAGCUAGUUCACCAUUAAGACAGCCCAAUACACAGGCAAUAAGAGGGCUACAAUAUUCCUACUUCAAGAAAAGUCUCCUGGCAUCAGUCAGUGAUGAUGGAGCUCUCAACAUGUGGGAUACUAAUGCACGUAAAAUGGUAACAUCCUUCACCAAUGACCACAAGGCACCUGCUACUGGUCUGUGCUUCUCUCCAGUCAAUGAAAUGCUUCUUGUUAGUACUGGCUUGGACAAAAAGAUUGUGUUUUAUGAUGUACAGGGCAAAAAAUCAGUCAAGGUAAUGACUGCUGAGGCACCCUUAACGUCUGUAGAUUUUCUCCAUGAUGGUGUCACUCUUGCUGUUGGUACUACAAGAGGUAAAAUCUGUGUGUAUGAUCUGCGGAGUGGAUCUACACCUGUUGCAGUWCAACCAGCUCACAUGUCCUCUGUUCAGUGUCUCAAGUUUGAAAGCUCAUCUACUUCAAGCUCCAAGAAUGCUCCAGGGUCUAUAAACAAAGUAACAAAGUCUGUAACAUCUGUCAAUAUCAGACCAAGGACCACUUCUCGCAAUCUACCAGAACAGCCCCACCCCUCUACCCCAAAAAACUAUCCUGCGUCACCAGCAACAACGAACUCCACAACACCUCAGUUCAAUGAUCCAACACCCAAACUAUCAGUUCAGCAACAAAAUGGAAUCAAAGAAGAUGAGGACAUAUUUUCUCCUUUAAGAGAAGCCAAAGUCCCUAUGGUUAUUAACAAUCGCAGAGAUGAAGAGAGGCCCAUUCCUCCCCCUUAUGGCUUUGACCAGGAGGGACUGGUAAAAGACAACAAGCAUUUUGAUGGUUCUGGCAUCUUCUCACCCCUUGCCAGUACCAACAACCAAUCAGAUACCAGACAGCAUCCAGUAGGUGGACCAGCCUAUUAUCAUCCAGAUCAAGGAACCCCUCGAACCACUGCCGAACCUACAUCGUACGGUUCUCGGUCACAAAAUGCCCUUUACUCCAAUACUAGGAACACAGAGGAACAGAAACCACUGCAGCCUGACUACGACAGAAAAAAGAAGUACGAAGAUCUUCGAGAGAUUCGAGCGCAAAUCAGCCCAGAUGCUACUGAUUCUGUCUCUAGACCGGAAAGUGAUUAUUACGAUACAAGAACCAGAAUACCAUCAGAUUCUUCGGCUUCAGGGGCUAGAAAUCCUUUUGAGACGUCACCCACUCUCUCGAGACAUUCGUCCAAUUCUUCUGAUAUUUAUUCUCGGCCUGAGGCUGAUUUUGUACGAGCCCGCCAAGAUCGUAGGUCAGCAGGCAGCGAAAGUAGUUACCAAGGGGAUGCCAAUCAUUCCGCGGCUGCAGCCAAUGGGAGCGCAAGAUUGUCUCGUUCUCCUGGCGGUUCUUCUUAUCAACCACGACGCACAUCUAGCGAUAGCAUAGGAGAUAGAAAAGAUGGUUUGGAUGGUCCAGGCAUUGUGAAGAAGAGUAAUGAGAUGCCUUACACUAAUGGAGAUGUUGCAGGUGCUGUAGCGAAUAAUGCAGGCCUUCAGCCAUUCCAGAUUGAGUUCAUUAAGAACAUGAUUGAUGAUUCAAUGGAUGAAUUCAGGGUUGCCAUUCACAGAGAUGUGGUCAACCUUCAGGUGGAAAUGCUACGGCAGUUCCAGAUCCAACAGAAUGAAUUGCGUGAAAUGAUGGAAAAAUACUCGAUCAACGAAGCCUUAGUCCAGGAAAUUGAUAGAUUACGAGAAGAAAACCGACGCUUAAAAACCAAGUAUUGAAUGGAUGGAUAAAGAACGUGUUACUAUAGCUUUAACUAGUUAUGCGAGUAGUUAAGACUGGAAGGGAAAUGAAAGGUAGAUACUACUGCUUUAUAUCAAAGAACCAUUAACAAAGCCUAAAUUUAGAAAUAUUGCUUUCUUAAAGCGCUGUAGUGAUACCAUAGUCACUAUGUUGAGUGAAUGCAACCAACAAUUUGUUCCAUUCAACAUGGCAGCCAUGCAAAAUGCUUUCACUCAAAUAGUUCAAUGCUUUCAGUACUGGGGGGGAAAUCCUAAUAUUUGUAAUGGUAACAGAUUUAAUAUUACCUAGUAUUUAUAUUUAUACCUAAGAUUUUAUACCUUUGGUAAAAAAGUUAAGGAUGUGGUUUUGAUACUAAUAAAAAAUUCUUGUUCCCAGAGCCUCUCUUCUUUUGAUGUCCGUAAAAAAAUAAGGAACUGGGCACAAUUCCAUAAACUGGAAACCAACAGCUGGGUUUUUAUUGUCAUGUUAGCCAAUCAGAAAAGGGAAUACCCAGAAACUUGUUUGGAUUGGUGGAGACCAAAAGGAGUGGAGGCUCUGGGAAUGAGUUUAAAAGUAUA